AUGAUUGAGUUGAUGGAGUUGCCCAAGGCCCUCGUCAAUGCCAGCAUGCUAGCUCAGUUCAUUGACAGGCCCGUCUGCUUCGUAGGAAGGCUGGAAAAGAUUUACCCUACUGGAGAGAUGUUUAUUCUUUCAGAUGGAGAAGGAAAAAAUGAAACCAUUGAAUUGAUGUAGCCUCUUGAUUGAAAAAUUGCUGGAAUCAUGGAAGUAGUUGGCAGAGUAAUGGCAAAAGCAACCAUCAUGUGUGCAUCUUAUGUCCAGUUUAAAGAAGAAAACAAUCCUUUUCAUCUUGGACUUUAUAAUGAAGCUGUGAAAAUUACCCAUGAGUUCCCACAGUUUUUUUCUCUAAGGGGUUACACAACGUGAUUGAUCUUAAUGAAUUUUCUUGUAAUUGCAAGUGGCUAUGAUGAAGAUAAUUAAAGGAGGCCCCACUUGUUUGAGGGAGAGACUCCUAUGAUUCCUAAGAUUUAAUGUGCUCCAUUUAAUUUUUCAUUUACUGAACUUUAGACAUCCUAAUCUGCAUUUUUGUUGAAACUUAUAUAUUGAAUGUUCUCACCCAAGUCCUUUUAUAAACUAUUGCC